AUGGCAUGCAAGGGAGGGAAGGGACGAGGAGGGGGCCUUUCGGGGGAGGGCGCAAGCUGGCCAUGUAAUCCCAGGUCUGUCGGCCACAACGCCAUGGUUUGCGUUUGCAAUGCCUCUUACUGUGACACGAUAGAUCCCGUCUGCCUCUUGCCCGCGGGCUUCUUCUUGAAGUAUGAGUCCACCAAAGCUGGCUCACGCAUGGAGCUCACGGAAGGGAAGUUCCAGCUGAACCACACAUCUGGAUUCAAUGGCCCUGAAUAUGUCUUCAAUGCCUCCAAACGCUACCAGUCCAUCAAAGGUUUUGGAGGAUCUCACACGGACGCUGCUGCAAUUAAUAUCUUGAGUCUGUCCCCAGCUGCCCAAGACAACCUGUUGAUGUCUUACUUUUCCGACACUG